CUCAUCGGAGCGGACGGACAGCAAGAGCCCUGGGCGGCACCCAGAGCCCCAUCCCUCUGCUCGCACCACGCCUCGCUUUCUAGGUGGUUCCAUCAUGGAUGAAACUGUGGCUGAGUACAUCCGAAGAACUGUGCUAAAAAUCCCAAGGGAUGAAAUAAAAAUGAUGCUGCAGAAAUGGGGCUUUCUCUCUGAGGCACAGCUGCAGACACUAAAUUUCCACCAGAUAAAGGACAACAUUUCUCAAGAUGUUGUUCAACUCUGUGAGGAAAAUUCUGCAGGCAUAAAGCAAGCAGCAGCUCUAGACAUAACUUACAACCACAUCUACCAAAACAAAAGAAUGUGGAGUGUUUACCGGAUGAAAAAAUCAGGAGAAGAAGUGGAAUAUUUUGACAUAGCAGACUUCAAAAAAAAAUUUAAACAAAUACUUCAGUCAGCCCUGAAAAAUGUCACCAUCACUUUUAAGGAAUAUGAGGAUAAUGCAAUCUGGAUUAGAGUUGCCUGGGGAACACCAUAUAAAAAGCCAAACCAGUACAAACCCAGCUAUGUUGUGUACCAUUCACAGACUCCCUAUGUCUUCAUUUCUGCCUCAGUGCUGAAAAGCAACUUGCCUCUGCUGUGUCAGGCCCUGAUUGUUGCCUCCAAUUACCAUGACAUCCGUGAAAUGGAGCUUCGAAGUCAUUCUUUAAACUCCCUUAAAGAUAUUGUGUUUAAAAGAUAUAGCCAGAACUUCGAUACUUACACUCCAAAACCUCUGCAAAGGGAGAAUGUAGAACCAGAAAAUGCAGAUAUAAUGAUAAUUCAUGAAAACAGAAGUGAGAAAGAAAGAAUCCACAGAUUGAACCAGGAAUUUUUUGGUACUGGUCCUCAACCAAAACUCGAAUUUGCACAAUACAGGCUUGAGACGAUGUUUAGAAGUGAUCCUAAAAUGAAUGUUUUGGAUAAAAAAGAACCAUUCAGAUGUUUGGUCAAGUUUUCAAGUCCACAUCUUUUAGAAUCACUGAAAUCCUUGGCACCAGCAGGUGUAGCUGAUGCACCACUUUCACCACUCCUUACGUGCAUACCACAUAAAGCUAGGAAUUUCUUUAAAAUUAGAGAGAAAAAAUGUUUAUUGUCAGAAAGUUUUGUAAGCCCUUAAUUUACAACUGACUCAUAGAGAAAUAUGCAACUUAUUUCUUAGUAGUAUUAAUCUAAAUCAUCAUGAGCUUUCAAAAAUAGCUUAGUCUUUGUCAAUACCUUAAAGUUUUUUCCAAAUUAUAGCUCAUUAAUUAUUUUUCCACAGUUGUCUUUAACAGAAGUUAGCCUUCACUAAUAAAAAAAGCAAGUUGCA